UUCGCGCGAGAGGUCGUGUGGGCGGCGUAGACCCGUAGCGCGCGCUACGAAAAACUUUUCCUCCCAACAGAUACGUGUUAAUUUAUGUGUAGUGUUCAUUUUAAACACUUUUUAAUUGUUUUUGUUGAUUAAUCGGUCACACUACCAGUCUGAAGUUCUGUCGACCAAUGGAGUAACUAUUUGGGAAGGCGCGGUGUUGAGGGUGCGGCGGGUGCGGCGUGCGAGGCGCCAGGAUGCACCAAUGUUCGGUCUUCAUACUCACGUUACUCUGUGUAUCUGUCAAAGAUAUUUCCGGAAGUUGGGAAGAAUGGUGGACCUACGAUGGAAUAUCAGGGCCUGGCUUCUGGGGGCUGAUCAACCCGCAGUGGAGCAUGUGCAACAAGGGGCGCCGGCAGAGCCCCGUCAACAUCGAACCCGACAAAUUGCUCUUCGACCCGUGGCUGCGCGAUAUACAGUUUGACAAACAUAAGGUGAGCGGCGUGCUGCAGAACACGGGUCAGUCCCUGGUCUUCCGCGUGGAGAAGGACAGCAAACACCAGGUGAACAUCAGCGGGGGGCCGCUCUCCUACCGCUACCAGUUCGAGGAGAUCUACUUCCACUACGGCCUGGAUGACAACAGGGGCUCAGAACAUCAGAUAGACCAUCACACCUUCCCGGGAGAGAUCCAGCUGUACGGGUUCAACAAGGAGCUAUACCACAACAUGUCGGAAGCGCAGCACAAGUCACAGGGCGUUGUAGGCAUCUCACUCAUGGUGCAGAUCGGUGAACCAACGAACAAAGAGCUCAGGUUGAUAACAAGCGCGUUCAACAAAGUAGGAUUCAGGGGAAGCUCGUAUCCCAUCAAGCACCUGCCACUGAGCUCGCUGCUCCCUAGCACCCAGCAGUACCUCACGUACGAGGGGUCCACCACGCACCCCGGCUGCUGGGAGACCGCUGUCUGGAUCAUCUUCAACAAGCCCAUCUACAUCUCCAAGCAGGAGAUGUACGCGAUCAGACGGCUCAUGCAAGGGUCAGCGUUGUCCCCGAAGGCACCGCUGGGCAACAACGCGCGGCCGGUACAGCCGCUCCACCACCGCACCGUGCGCACCAACAUCAACUUCAAUAAGCAGGGGAUGCCGGUAUCCAGCAACUGUCCGGACAUGUACCGCAACAUGCACUACACCGCACGUUACUCGCACAAGUCUCGCUCGAAAAAAAGCAUUGCAUGCAAACGCAAGACAAAAAGACACUGUGCAAAACGGAAUGCUACGCAGUGGCCGAAGGAGCAUAGCAUGCGGUACAGAAGCGCCGACGAUCUCGCCAUGCUGUCCCUCAACUAAGGCCCAGCACGAGUAUUUAUACUAUCAGAGAAACGGAUUCAUAGGCAGUUGACAGAUCUAUUCAUUUGGUCGGAUUAAGUCAAUUCAAUGUCGUGAUCUGGCGGCUGGGUUUGAGACAACGCGACCAAAUUACAUAGCCUAGGUC